CAUAUCAGUGGGAACCAUGUUGGUAGUCAUCGCGUGGAAUUGUUGUCUUACACCGUGAGUCGUGUGCACCUCUGCUUCGAGUUGGAUUUUGUUAGAGAAACAGACAUAGAAAGUGGGGGGAACCCUCUGACUGAGGGUUCCGGGCGGCGGAUGGCAAUGUGACAGCGGCGGCGUCCCCCACCCGUCCAGCGGGAAUGCCUGCGUUCCGUUCGAGCGUUGCUACAUGCGGAAUGUCACCGCGUUCGUAGCCCUGUGAGCUCCUGACGUAAGUCCCCUCCCUGCCCUCAGCUGAGUGCGGACACCCUCCGAGCCGGGCCGGUCUUCUCCGCCCCGCCGUCACCGCACAUCUGAUUAAGUGAGCUACAAUGAGAAGGAGAUGGAUCAGGAAGAGCUGAACUUGAUCAAUGAUUACAGAUACAGAAGUUAUUCUGCUACAAUCGACAAAGCUUUGAAGAAUUUUGAGUCAUCCAGUGAAUGGGCAGAUCUUAUCUCGUCACUGGGAAAGCUUAUCAAGGCACUCCAGAGCAGCUUGAAGUACUCACUCCUGCCGAAACGUCUGAUCAUCAGCAAAAGACUAGCCCAAUGCCUGCACCCAGCACUGCCCAUUGGUGUCCACCUGAAAGCACUGGAAACUUAUGAAGUCAUAUUUAAAAUCAUUGGAACCAAAUGGCUGGCCAAGGACUUGUUCUUUUACAGUUCCGGCCUGUUUCCUCUGCUGGGCAAUGCUGCAAUGUCAGUGAAGCCAGUGCUUCUUGGACUUUACGAGAAAUACUACCUCCCUCUGCAAAAGUCCUUAAAUCCCAGUCUUCAGGCAUUCAUUACUGGAUUGCUUCCAGGGCUAGAGGAGGGAUCAGAGAUCUAUGACAGGACGGACAUCUUGCUGCAGAAGCUAGUUCUGGUAGUGGGCCAGGAAGUCUUCUAUGGGGCGCUGUGGGGCAGUGUCAUUGUGAGCCCUUCCAUUCGCCUCCCUGCCUCCCUCUUCAUUGUCAGUCACAUAAAUAAAACUAUGCAAAGGAAGGACCAGAAAUACAUGUUUGGCUCAGACCCUAACCUAGCUGUGAAAGGUUUGUGUGCUUCUGUGAAGGAUUCAAAUGUUCUUGUGCAACGGAAUACAUUAGAAAUUUUAUUUUACUUUUUUCCACUUAACACAUGUCUGGAUCCAAAUAAAUCCGUUAUCCCGAUGACCCGGGCAGAAAUGGUGUACAUUCUCUCUGCUGCUCUCCACACCAUUCUGAGACGAGACAUGUCAUUGAACAGGCGGCUAUAUGCAUGGCUAUUGGGUACAGAUCUCAAAGGAGGCAUGAUGACUGCAGACACAGAGAUUUCCGAAGAUGAAACCAAGACUUAUUUUGAUGAGCAUUCCAAGGACUUGCUAGUUCAAGCAUUAACAAAAUCUUUGCAAGAGGUGAUCCCUGAGAGUGAUCAGGACCACGGGCCUCAAGUGCAUCUGAAGCCCUUCCGGAUUCUGAUAAGUCUGCUUGAUAAGCCUGAUUUGGGCCCACAGGUCAUUGAGGACUUGCUGCUGGAAGUGAUUAGAGCAUUUUACUCCAUCUGCAAACUGCUGCUGGAUUUAGAUGUUCAAUCAAGUCAGAAUGAAAGUCUGAUCUUAAGCAAAAUGAAAGAAAAUAAGAACGUAUUGGAAGCAAUAAAGACAGUGAACGUACUGAUCGGCUCGCUGAGCACAGACUUCUUGUGGGAUUAUGUCACUAGACUCUUCGAGGACUGCAUCAGGAACAGAUCUCAAGUGAUGAGCCAGGUGGCAGAGGAAGAUGCAAGUCCCCCUCCCACAGUUGAAGAACUCUGCACUUUGUUAGUGUUCCUGUUAGAAGUCAUCCCACUGGAGCUGUACAUUGAGGUUCAGACUCAGUUUCUCCCUCAAAUGCUGUGUCACGUUGUACAGUGUUUGAUGGAACACAUGGAAAGCCUAAAUCUGCAAGAGUUAACAAAGAUCCUGAAGAUGUGCUGUGUGACGCUCUCCAAAAUACAGUUGCCUGCGGCGUUUAUGGACACAGAGGCCGGAAGAACGCGAGAAACUGAAUUGGACACCAGACGACCAUCUGAGAGUCCUUCGCAGGAGGAAGCCGGUGAGACGACAUCUGACGGUGACCACAGUCCAGAAGAUGGCACAGACUCGACCUAUCCCCCGCUGCCGUCAGAGGACAGCGGAAUUGGUUUGAGUGUCAUGCCGAUUGAGCGAUCCCAGGACGCUAGUCAGCCGAGGGUGUCGUCUGAAAACGUCAACGUGUGGAGGAACAAUGGGAGCAUUCAGAUGACCCUGAGAAACACGCAGGGGCUCCUUGCGCACUUCACCUUGAAGUACAUCUUCGGGAUGAAAUGUUGGGCCCAGGGGGAGGACGAGAAAGCGGUCACCGAGGGGCAGAAGAUGUGGGAGAAGGGGCAGAUCACCAUGCCGCAGUUUAAGCAAAUGCUCUCCGAGUUCUUCUCUGUCCGUGGGCCGCCGCUGAAGGUGAAGAGCCGUCAGCAAGGCGCCUUCACGCCAGGCGACAGGGGGAGCGGGGGUGAGAGCUGGGACAUGGAUCGCAUGCUGCAGGAGGUGAAGGAGGUGACGCAGGAGUGUCGCCUGGCGUUUGCCGCUAUCUGCCAGCUGCUCCUGGAUUGCAGCAGCUUUCCUGUCUACGUGUCCUUCAGGGAGAUCGAGAGCCUUCACUCCUCUGCGCUCCAAUUUGCCGGUGAUGCUGAUGCUUGUCUUCCCCUCUGGCUGAAAUCACUCAUGACUUUAUCGUGUUGUAUCAGCGACUGUGACGUGCAGAAUGUUGCAAUAUCCACUUUGCUGGAAAUCAUCAAUCGCUCUCACUCGUUAGCACUUGUUAUUGAAGACAAGGUCAAGCGUUACAAAACCUCUGAAUAUAAAACGUUUAUUGAGAAGCUGCAGAUGAUAACCGCGCCACCCAUUACACAAACAACUCUGAAGCUGAUCGCAGACAACACUAAUUUCUAUCAGCGGGCUGCAAACGUGCUGUGGAACCAGCUGGACAAAGAGAGCAGAGAACACCACUGUGCCUGUGUUGAACUCUUCUAUAAGCUGCACUGCCUUGCUCCAUCCGCCAACCUUUGCGAGGACAUUAUUUGCCAGGCCUUGCUUCACAAGAAUAAAGGAAUCCGCUUGGAAACGCUCUUCAGGUUUUCAGUAUUGUGGCAUUUUACCCGGGACAUUCAAGGGAACAGGACAUCUUUUUGCACUCGUUCAUUUGAUAGGUGCCUGUUUGUGGUGUUGGACAGUCUCAACUGUUCGGAUGGAGCGAUAGGAGCAGCCGCACAGGGCUGGCUUGUCCGAGCCCUGAGCCUGAACGAUGUCUCUCGAAUCCUAGAACCAGUCUUCCUCCUGCUUCUCCACCCAAAGACCCAACGCAACUCCAUUCAGUUCCUAAAGAAGAAAGUUAUGGGAGAGGACCUUCGCUUGUUGUACAACAGGGUGUCUGCUUAUCCGAAAGCAUUCAGCACACUGCUGGAAGUGGCAGAAAGCAGCUCUGAAGAGAGCUUCAAAACUGCCUACAUUUCAUCGGUGGACAGGGACGCUCUUUGGGCUGAAGUAGAAGGAGAACCCGAUAGGCUGGCCCAUAAACCAAGCCUGAAAAAAUCCACCAGUCACCCUGCCAGUGAGCUACCUCAAGGUACCCUUGUGGAAGAAGGCAAGGACAGCAGUGAGCACACGGAAUCUAUAGACACGAGCUCAGGAGCGGUCUCUUCAGGGGUCACUUCCUCUGCAUCGCCACCGUCUCCUGAACACCAAGAUACUACGAGCGCCACCGAUGAUGAAGGACACUCGCCGCCUGAAAAAGUUACCACGGACAAGCUGGUCAACGGCGACCCACUGCCGAACAACCAGUUGAUGCUGGUCCACACCGAUUCUGACCGAACUCAGAUGUCGCAGUCCCUGUCCAGUGACGAGGAAGAGAUAGAUCUGGAAAUGCAGCUGAUCACUCGAGAAAAGGUUUUAAAACGUCAGAGGGAGAAGCACACCUUCGUGGAAGCUUUGUUUAAGCACAUCUUGUUAUACAUCCAGCCAUAUGAUUCUAAAAGGGUGUUGUAUGCUUUUUCUGUUCUGGAAGCUGUGUUAAAAACUACUCCCAAAGAAUUCAUUGAAGCCCUCUGUUCCACAUUAGUAGAUACCAGUUCCAGCAGCCAGCUGAACCUCAUUCAUAAUCUCCUCACUCGCCAUCAGGAAUCCCUCAUUGGCAUGAGCUUCUACGGGAAGCUUCCAACUCCAGCAUUGCCCGCGAUUCAUCGCCAAUCCUCGCUGAUGGAACUGCUGACUUAUCUUUGCCUGAAUUUCCUAAGGUCCUAUUACCCCUGUCAGAUGAGACUGAGCCACAAGGAUUUGUUGGGGAACAGGGAUGUCCAGGUGAACAGUGUGCAGGUCCUGAUUCGGAUUGUGACACAACUGAUCGCCAAUGCGAAAUCGUCGGAUGGCAAAAGCCUUGAUGUUAUCAGGAGCUGGCUGACCAAGUGCAAGGUCCAGGAGUACGUGCUGCUCUCCCUCUCCGCCUCCAUGUACCUCAGUGAGAAGAGCUACGCACUCAGCUUGGCGGGAUCUAAUGACGAGCUCAUUGAGGAAGGUCUGUCGGAGGAAAACCUCGUGAACUUCGGCCAGGACCAGAUCUGGAGCGAGCACCCGCUUCAGAUUGAGCUCCUCAAGUUGCUUCAGGUGCUCAUCGUGCUGGAGCACCACCUCGGCCAGACAGCGGAUGACCACGAGAGCCCUUCUGACCUCUCGAAGGAGUGGCACAAGGUCAUGGGUUUCCAGAUGUCUAUCACUGCCAUGGGCUAUGUGCAGUCUCAGCCGAUCACUGCCCAGGGGAUGUUUGUGUCAGCUGUUGUCAGGGCCUUGCAGCCUCAGUAUGGUUAUAGCAUUCACCCGCCCUGGGUGAGCCUGGUCACACUCUCCCUACCUUACCUCGGCAAGUCCCUGGGACUGGUUGUCGCACCGUUUGUCGCCCAGGUCUGCAGAAACCUGAACGAUCUUGUCCAACAGUACGAAGGUGACGACAAAAAGAGCACAGCAAGCACGACUUUAAAGAAGGAAAAUAUUCCACCGGACUACCCACUCACUCUUUUGGAAGGACUCACAACCAUUUCUCACUAUUGCCUUCUGGAUACCUUGGCACAGGCAAAAAAGUCUGUCACCUUGAGUGACUCCACAAGCCUGAAGAAUGCCAAGAAUGCCAUCCUGGAAGAACUGCCAUUAAUCAUCGACUCCAUGUCUCUCCUCUGGGGAGUCGUCCAGCGAGAAGAAUCCCAGAGAAAACCCACAAGCUUACUCAAUACCACGAAGGGCUCGUCUUCAGUUUACUUUAAGUCGACAAAGACACUGAGGCAGAAAAUUCUGGACCUUCUUAACCCAUUUGCUGCACAGAUGGGCAUUCAUCUGAUGGCAGCCGUAGCAACAGUGUGGAACAAGAGGAAAAGCAGCAAGAAAGUGAAUCAAAGUAAGGUUUUGCCGGUUGCCAGUGAAGCUCAACUGACGUUGGUAGGGCUAGUCCAAGCACUGGAAACACUCAACACCGACAGCAUAUUACAGCUGAUAAGGGAAGUUGUCAAAAAGCCACCCCAAACCAAGGGGGAAGAGAAGCCAACUUUGGUCGACAUCCCAAUGCUGCAGUUCAGUUUUGCAUUACUUCAAAGGCUUUACUUUGCUGAUCCACAGGUUGUUCUGCCGUCAUUGCUGUACCUAUUAAAAGAAUCUGUGUCGUUGAACUUGGCAGCUCCAGGACAUUUCCUGUUACUUGGAAUACUGAAUGACUUCAUGUCUAGAAAUCCUAAUUUGGAAAAUAAGAAGGAUCAGAGAGAUCUUCAGGAAGUGGCCCAGAAAAUAAUUGAAGCGGUGGGGAAUGUUGUCGGCUCCUCCCUGGAACAGACCAGCUGGCUGAGCAGAAACCUGGAAGUUAAAGCAGGACCUCAAGUUUACUUGGAGGACGCUAAUUCGGACACUGUUGAAGACGGCUCCUCCCCUCCACCUUCUACUGUGGUGUCGACAACUGUCGCUUCUCUGUACAGUGUGCAAGCUCUAACUUUGCUAGCUGAGCUGCUGGCUCAUCUCCUGGACGUUAUCUACCGGAGCGAUGAGAAGGAGAAAGCAGUGCCGCUUAUCUCUCGGCUGCUAUACUACGUCUUCCCAUACUUGAAAAACCACAGUGUGCACAACAUACCAAGUUUUCGAGCUGCCGCUGAGUUACUAAGCAGUUUAAGUGGCUAUGCGUACACUAAGAGGGCUUGGAAAAAGGAAGCCUUUGAUCUCUUCAUGGACCCACUCUUCUUUCAGAUGGACUCGUCGUGUAUUAAUCACUGGAAGUCCAUCAUUGACCACCUGUUGACUCAUGAGAAAACAAUGUUCAAGGAUUUGAUGAGUAUGCAGAGCAGUUCAUUAAAGCUUUUUGCUAACUAUGAGCAAAAAGCAAUGCUGCUGAAGCGCCAAGCCUUCGCAAUCUUCAGUGGUGAAGUCGACCAGUAUCACCUGUACCUCCCACUCAUACAAGAACGUUUGACGGAAACUCUUCGGGUGGGGAUGUCGCCUGUUGUAACGGCUCAGAUGUUUUUGGCCUUCAGAGUGCUGCUGACAAGAAUAUCUCCCCAGCAUCUGACUUCACUGUGGCCCAUCAUGGUAACGGAGCUGGUUCAGGUAUUCAUCCAAUUAGAAGAGGAUUUACUUGAAAUUGUUUCAAAUAAAGUAGGUCAGAAGUCCCCAUCUAACCAUGCAAAUGGAUCCUGUCUGCAAGAUCUGGAGCAAAAGGAACUUGACAUGUAUUUAUCUGCUUGUAAAUUUUUGGAUACAGCACUCUGUUUCCCUCAAGAAGCAAUGCCUUUGUUCCAAAUGUACAGAUGGGCUUUUGUUCCUGAGGUGGAUGCUGAAGAUUGUCGUCCAUACCUGGACAUUGUGGAGUCGUUCCACGCAUAUAAACCCUACACUGUGCGGAUUCUAGAUAUUCUGGAUCAAAACUUUGGGGAAGUGAACUGUGAAGAAGAAAUUACACCCAGCUGUGUGUAUGAAUCUCCUCUCCUGACUUGUCGGUCUGUUUCCAGCAUUCGGAUGCUUACCCACUUUUUCAGAGUACUGUGUAACGUGUUCAAAACCCAACCAAAUGGAACACUUGGAGCACCAAAUGCACACCAUCUUCAAGACUUGGUUUCUCCAACAGAGCCUGCCACUGAUGCCGAUGUUGUUUUACGAAGAAUAGAAGAAAACAUAGCAUUUGACUUUCUGGAAAUGGCAACAGAACAUUGAAUUGAAUAUAUCUUAACAAUAACAGUAAAAUACUAAAUACUGGAAGAAAUUGUUACUUUAGUCAGAAAUUUACCCUUCUAAUGUUAAUACCAUUACAGAACUGUUUGCAAAGCUAUAUAAUAAGUGAAAAUGAGGAACUCCAUUUUAAAUCAUAUGCUUUGUAAAUUUUCAGUGGUCUGAAUAAGGUGCAGGGCAGAAUAUAAAUUAUUGGGACCAUCCAUAUUCAAGUUAGAAUCUAAAUUGGACAACUUUAAUAACUUUGCUGAAGAGGAGAAUGGGUGAAAUUCUGCUAGGUGAUAGAUUGUCUCUUAUCCAGGCUAGCAGUGGCCUUACAAUAAAUCUUCUUUGACACAGUUCUUCCGUCAAUGUCCUAUCAUCCUCAAAAUUGAUUGUGAUGGCAAUUAAUAUUACUAGAUUAUCUGAUAACAUAAAUUAACAUGACUAUUUAAGAUUUUGACCACUGUGAAUGUGUGUAAAUAUAAACAAUUAUGUAUAUACAUUUGUUUUCAGACUGAAUUCCCUUUGUAUCUAAAUUGCAUUAACACUGCACAAUUUUUGUACCCACCAUCCUCUCCCCAUGCCUCGCCUACUUCCUGGUGGCCUCUACUAAGGAAUAAUCCUUCAAGAUAUCCAAAUGAGAAUGUAAAUUUAAGGGCUUGAAGAAAGGAAAACUUUUAUUGCUUAAACUGGAUUGAUCUUUGUUUACAACAUUAUUUUCACAUUGUUGCAUAUUUAAUACUUUGAAUGUGUGCCGAGAAUAAAUGCCUGUCGAAUGAUA